AUGGCAACGACCGCGACAGAUACUCGCAAUGACGAACUCACAGAUCUCCUCAGCUAUAUCUCACAGCUCGGUCUAGACGACAUUGACGACCUCCUGUCGCGUAACGCCACUGGAUCAGGAGACGCCCUUAAUGACGAGGAGCUCGCUUUGUUGGUCUUCGCUGAAGAGGCUCAAGGUCUGCUAAAUAUCGUGAAAGACCACGUCUCGGCUGCUCCAUCAGGCGUUGUGGAUGAUGUGACGACAUUGUUGGAUCAAUUGGUGGUCAUGGAGGACAUGGCGCGGUACGACAGAGAGAUGGCUAUUGCACUAUCAGAGGGCCGUGACCCACCUCCACGCCCUGUGCGGGCCACAAUCAACGCUUCCGCCGUAUCUCAUGCCGAAGCAACUCCACCGCCUGAGUAUGCUUCACCAACUUCUGCAGAUAGAUAG